CAGGCAUUCCUCUUGGAGUCUUGGUGGGUCCUUAGAGUCAGUCAGUGGUGAAGCCUGGUUGGCUGGCUAAAUUACUUUAGCUUUUUUUGGGAGAAGUCAGGCUGGCGGUCCUUGAAUUUUCAUCAAAUCUCUACCUAACGAAAUCUGCCCCAUCAGCUCGAGCGGGGGAUUGGGCCACGUCGCCAUUCUUUCUCCACCGUCGGAUCUUUCAUCUAUGGCUAAAAUCAAGCACACAGCCCAUAGGAGCAGACUGCGUCUCGAUUCUUCUCGAGUCUCAAACGGCCACACUCUCGUCCCUUCAUGAUUCCAGUCAAGCACUAUCUCACAUCAUUCCCUCGUUGCUCAUGUCCUCCCCAUCUCAUCUCCAUCAGUGGAGAGGCUACAAGCAACAGGUGGAUUCAAUUUGAUGGCUGAGCAAGAUGGCGGCCUCUCUCACCGUCAAGCAGAAGCGCCAGCAUAGUCUCAGCCUUGGGCUCUCGUACUCAUCGGGUCUCUGACAAAGACGGUGCCUAUCGAAGCUAGCAGAGUAGCUGUGGCAGAACCAGUUUAAAUUAUACCAGUUUUAGUGUACUAAAUAUCUAAAAGCACAUCAACCGGUAUAAUCAUUGGUUCUUCGAGUAACAUCCCGAUAUAGAGCAGGGCUGCUGGACCACCACGCCGGAGUCCAUUAGGAGUGCUGGUGCAGUAAGCUCACUGGAUGGCAAUGUGCUGGCCAUCGACGAGUUGUUGCACAAGAAUCACGGCAGCGCUCAUCUCCUCCACUUCCAUCAGCGGUGCCACGGCCGGCGGCCACUAGUAGCACAUUGGAUUCUCGAUCAGCGACUCCCCCAAUAAAUCAAACAAAAUCCAUUUGAUAUUGCCAUUUAGUACCUGACAAAGCAAGCAAGCAUUAGACUUCGAACCCAAGGUGAGGUCACCCAAAACAAUCCGCUGCGCCUGUUUUGCACUAAUGAAGAAGCUUCUUUUUCAUACUCCACUGUAAAACAAACAAAACGAUUUGGAUUAUCUUACAAUCCACGACCUAUGGUUCUUCGGAUCCACUUUACUGUCAAUUUUUUUGACAUAUUUGCUUGAUUAACCAAGUCUCGGAGCAGGAGGCAGACUACACGUUAUGAUAUCAAUAUAUUUAAACUCGUUUAAAAGGUUUGUCACCGAAAUUCACUUUCGAAAUUUUCACAGCUUCCAGGAUUUUACUAUAUCUUUUAUCCAAAGCCAAGAUAUAUUAUUCAUGUUCCCUCAAAAAUGGAAAACCUCCGUAUACCAAGUCAUUUUAGUUUUCAACCAGUUUCAGCCCAUGUUUGCUAUGAAACUCCUAUCUUUCGACACAAGUGCAUCAUUGUUAAUUUGUUACACGUCAAUAAAACCUCACAUUGAUCACUUACGUAUAUAUGUCGAUGCUCACCCAUGCACUGGCGCUAUACGGUGGCCAACUCUAAACGGCGCGGCAACGUUAUUAUCUGGAUGGUUACCUUCUCUGCUGCCACCGGAGAGGCUGCUGCAAAAGUAAGCCUAAAGAUGCAGGGGAAAAGCGGGCCACACGAAAUCCGUUGCGUGAAGCGGGACUUCCUGCUGCAGACGCUCGAGAACGAGCUGCCCAAGGGCACCAUCAGGUACUCGUCCAAGAUCGUCGCCAUCGAGGAAGAAGGCCACGUCACUGUCCUGCACUUGGCUGACGGUUCCACCAUGAAAACCAAGGUUCUGAUUGGGUGCGACGGCGUGAACUCCGUGGUGGCGAAAUGGCUGGGGCUUCCCAAGCCGAUCCUCUCGGGGCGCUCCGCCACCAGGGGCCUCGCCGAGUACCCCGCCGGCCACGGCCUCGGCCCCGAGAUCCUGCAGUUCAUCGGCCAGGGCUUCCGCUCCGGCGUGCUGCCCUGCUCCGACACCUCCGUCUACUGGAACUACACCUGGUACCCUUCCCCCGCCGACGGGGACGCCGAGGAGAGCGUUGCCAAGAUGCGGAGCUUCGUGCUGGCCAAGCUGCGCGCCGCCAAGAUCCCGGCCGCGGCGCUGGGCGUGAUCGAGCGGAGCGAGAUGAGCGAGGUGGUGUCGUCGCCGCUGCGGUUCCGGUCGCCGCUCGCGCUCGUCCGGGGCAGCAUCAGCCGCGGCGGCGUCUGCGUGGCGGGCGACGCGCUCCACCCGAUGACGCCCGAGCUCGGGCAGGGCGGGUGCGCGGCGCUCGAGGACGGCGUCGUCCUGGCCCGGUGCCUGGGCGACGCCUUCGCCGCCGGGGACGGCGGCCACGAGGGCGUCGCGGCGGCGCUGGGAAGGUACGCCGAGGCGAGGCGGUGGCGCAGCGUCCAGCUGAUCACGGCCGCCUACGUCGUCGGCUUCAUCCAACAGAGCAACAACGUGGUGGUCAAGUUCCUCAGGGACACCUUCCUGUCGCCGUUGCUGGCCAAGACGCUAGUCGCCAUGGCUGACUACGACUGUGGACCCCUAUAAUUCUACUCUCCUUGACAAGGGAAAAAUUGGGGCAAAAAUUAAUCAACACCGCCAUUACCUCCCUGGAAAGAGCGGCCCAAGCUUUGCUGCAAGUUUUAUUUAGCAGGAGAAAAAACAAAAGUAAAGUGGUGUAGCAGCCAUUAGAGUAGGAGGCAAGCACACUAUGUCAUCAGAUGGAACAGUUUUUUUCUGAAACUGUGAUAUCAAACAAAUCAGGAGCAUCAACAAUUUGUGAAAUACACCGUACACGAUGUACUGCUACGUACAGGCACCACCAUGCGUGGCAGCAGAUGCACAUGGCAACAAGUCGUUGCAUUUUUUUAAAGAGGAAUAAGGUUGAUGUCAA